UUUAGUCGGAUUAGAUCCUCCAGUCCGGUACUUUUCAUUACAUGUAAUUCCUAACAAGUCGCCCAUAUCUAGAUUUACGAUACGCCUCAGUAGCACACUUUUAAAAUAACAUACUUUCUGGAAAUUUAGAACUUUGAACCAGAUAAACUUAUUUAUUUACCGUAAAAGUCAAACUGGCACAAAAAACCCAGCUAGGACUUUCAUAGAAAAAUAUCCACUUUUUACCAUCGAGUUUUCCAUAAAAUACACAAGAAAGAAUCUUUUUGUUUAAAGAAAUUUUUAUUUCAAUAUAAUUAAUUUAUUGUGAAUUUCGUCGUCAACGAAAAAUAAAAUACUACACAAAGAGAUGUAUGUAUAUACUUCAUCGUUAAUAGAUUAAUUGGGCCACUAGUUAGGCAUUUUCCUCCAGUGAUAAGUAAUUACCUAUAUGCUUAUUUAGAUUUUAAAUAUUCCUCCGUUCAAACAAAAUGGUUUCUACGAAAUUGUUUUUCAUCGUUUGCACGACACUAUUAAUUGUUUCACUCGUUGGGAAAGCUUUCUCCGUUGAAAAUUUGAGUCUAACUCGAGCAGAGAAACAAAAAUUGGAUCAGUUUAAAGAAGCCAUUUCGAAAAUUACUUUUCCGGCUGAGUGGAUGCAACAGGAAUUGACUCUGGUUCGCUAUCUGAGAGCUCGGGAAUGGGACGUUCGGCGGGCGAAGAGUAUGCUGCAAGAGACGGUCGCCUGGUGGGAGGAGAACAACAUGAAAGACAUUCAAAACGAGGAUUGGACAGACGUUGAGAAAGACUACCCGCUUCACACCGACGGCGUCGAUAAGCUUGGACAACCAGCAAUUGUCUACGCCCUUGCGGAGUGGGAUCUUCGCGGGGCAGCCGUCCAGGGCCGGAUGAACCGCGUAAUCCGCUGGUUCGUUAAAGGAUAUGAUGACGUUCACACGAAAUCAUUUGAGUAUCAAAAACUAGGCAAAACGAACGGAACCCAAUGGAAUGUGAUCGCUGACAUGGACAAACUCUCGCGCCAACAGCAGCUCUGCAUCCAAUGUCUCCGUUUUUACACGGAACUCGGCGUCUUAUUGGAAUCCCGCUAUCCGGGAGCUAUUAGCAAGAUGUUCGCUAUAAAUUCCCCUUCAAUAUUCCAAGUCAUUCUCGGAGUGGUUAAUCCCAUUCUGUCAAAAAGUACUCUGAAUGCUUUGAAAGUGCUCGGAACGAACAAGGAGGAAUGGAGCAAAGUCGUCUACGCUCACUUUGAAAAAGACCAACUUCCUGAAAAUUUGGGAGGAACGAGAAAAUAUGCGCCAGUGUGGAACGAGAUAUAAAAAAUCAUAUGAAUAUUCGACUUAAGACCCAAACCCAUAAAGUAACAGUUUCAGUGCUAACUACUUACAAAUAUUUUAAUAUCAAUAAAUCAGUCGGACUAAUUGCUAACGAAAUUAGAUACACAUACAGAACCGAAGCACUCAAA